UGAAGCUCAGCCGAAAGCUCUUCCUUUCAGUGCUCACUUUCAGCAACAUAGUGUCUACGGGUUAACUCGUAACAAGUCAAAAUGGCGGAAGAAGGCGGUACCCAGGAUGGGCUGGCGCCACCACAAACUGAAACUGGAGCUGAUGGAGAGAUUGUUGGAGGGCCACGAACACCCCAGCAAAUUGCAGCCCAGAAGAGGCUGCAGCAGCAACAGGCCCAAGUUGAUGAGGUGUGUGAAAUAAUGAAAUCCAAUGUUGAAAAAGUUCUCGAUCGAGAUGCAAAGUUAUCAGAACUUGAUGAUAGAGCGAACGCCCUUCAGCAAGGAGCGUCCCAAUUUGAACAGCAAGCAAAGAGUUUGAAGAACAAAUUUUGGCUUCAGAAUUUAAAGAUGAUGAUUAUCAUGGGCGUAAUAGGAAUCGUGAUAAUAGGACUCCUCUUUGUUCGAUAUCGCGGCACCCCGUCUGUGCACAGCAUCGCUCCUGUGGCAGCCACCAAUGCUACUCUGCCAGUUGCCUCUACUAAGUGAAAAUACAUGUAGAGAAUUACGUCAAUCUUCAGGUAAGAUUAUUUAGUGUAAAUUUCAACGUACCCAACAUAGAUGUAAUUAAAAAAAUGUAUUUAUUCCUAUUACAUAAAUUAUGUGGAAAUUGUAUAGAACUAAUUGUAUUUACUCCAUAUAAAUUUCUAAUAAUACAUACUAACUUGGGUUAAUAAAUGUAAAUUCAUAGUCUAUUCAAUAGUUGUUUAAGGAAUACCUAAUACUUCAUAAAACAAUAUUUUACAAUUUCUUCUUUAAAGAAAUAUGUGUUAUAGAAGACAGAAGCAUAAUUUUUUUUCUAGCCUUUGUAUAAAACAUUAAUUAGGAAAGUACAUUUCAUUCCAAAUUGUAUGGUUCAGCUUACUAGCUUACUUAACUAUAUUUAGCCUUCACAGACACAUAUAUGUAGAUUGUAGGUCCAGCGCAAUGAAAACACCGCUUUCAAAUUAAAAUAUAUUAGGCAAAACGUUAUUAUAUUUUUUUUUGUGGAAUUGCGCAAAUUUUGUCUUAAAUUAUCAUUUCUUAAACAAUAAAUAAGUGACCUCAUUUUUCACGACUGCAUUAAAAUCUUUCUCAGUCACAGAUUAAUUUACUUCCUUUUAUUUAAUGUUUAAACAAGGAGCUCAUGUUAUCUUCUUCAAUAGUUAAAUGUUUUAUUAACAUUUGCGUAAAAUACCUAAUUUAGUACAAUUUAUUUUCGCUGCGUAAGCCGCAAAAAUAAAAUGUGGGGGUAAAGGG